ACAAAUUAAUAUUAAACCACGCCUGUUUAAAAUGGUGGACGUUUUGAGUGAAAGUACUUCUUUCUCCUCUCGUGAUGGUCGGCGGAUAGUACCAUGCAGUGUUAUGAUGGUUAACUUUAGGAGAUUAAGAACUACUGAAGAAGAUGGAGCAGUCAAAGGAAAAAAGGAAACUCGUUUUCUUCGUGUUUCUUUACCUCAAGUGUUCAACCCAGGGGAUCUUUUUCAUUCUAUGGUUGCCCUAUACUCAGCCGCAUUGCCUGAUAUGGAGCUGGAGGCUAUUUACGAUACAAUAAACAAUAAGCCCUCCAGGACUGUGUUUGUUAUGGCAAAGAAAGAAGCUGUCCUCACUUAUCGCAAGGAGCAUGGCCCACCUAAACCAAUCAAAGACACUAAAGUGAUAGAGAACAAUGAAAAGAAGGAAAAGAGCUCAGACAAAGAGAAUACUGGAACUUCUAAAGUAUCUACACUGGAUGGAGAAGAAGAGGAGGAUCCUUACUGCAGCCUCUUUAGUGAUGAGGAAGAGGAAGAGUAUGAGGAGGAAGUGGGUGAUGGCGAGGAAGAGAAAGGGGAAGAUUUCGAAUUGGAGAGGGAGAAGUUUCUAUCCAGAGUUAAAGAGAGACAGUCAAUGGAUCCUUUUGAUCUGGCAUCAGUUGGUAUGGAGGAUCAAAUCACUGGAUGUGCUACUUUUAUGAAAUUAUCAAGUAAACCAGGAGACUCCUCAGUUCAGAUACUAUUGCUUGCUGUGAGGCAUCGUUGGAGAGGGUGUGGUAUUGGGGAGUACCUCCUCCGUCUCUGUAAAGACCCAUCAAUAGUGGGACAGUAUGACCUGAUACUCACUUAUGCUGAUCAUAAAGCUGAAGGUUUCUUCUCUCAAUUCGGAUUCACGGCUGACCCUAUCAUUACUGCUAGACACAAGAGUUUAUCAGAUUAUUGGGAGAACAGUACACUAAUGGCUUAUGUCCCUCCAUAUUCAGCUGCUGUCUCUGGAUCACUGAAAUCACUUGAAGCAAUGGAAGGACAAAUUAAAACAUGGCGUGUAAUGUCAAUGGCAAGCCACUAUGAGCAGGUCUGUAUAAUGGAGAGGCUGAGGCAGGAGGUGUUCCUCCUUUAUGGGAGGAUAGCCUCACAAGAGGAAGUCAUUCAAACACUUCACACUGAACUGAGGGAGUCAGUCAUGAACCGUCAAGCACUGGAGAAAGAGUUUGAGCUCUACCGUACGAAAAUGAAAGAGAAGAUGUUAUUGUUAAUGGAGGGUAGGGCAAAGACCUGGCUUGAACAGUUAGAAACAAGAAAUGAGAAGGAGAGAGCAGCACCGUUGAUUAAAGUUACAGCUACUUUUAAUGAAGGUCUAAUGCCUAGUAGCACCAGUGAUGGACUUAGUAGUAGUAGAACAAUGGUACCUGAUGAAUCCAGUAAUAGUGGUGAUACUACAGUGGCAGAGGAUGACAAUGAAGAUAUCAGGAAAGGAACUGAAUAGAAUUUUAAUAAUGUUUCUAUGCUCAUUAUUGCAUGUACGGCAACCCGACUCAUUUAAUUAUAAUAAACACUUUGUGAUA